AUGCAGGAGCUUGAUGGGAUACGGUAUUCCAAAGAGGUGCCGUGUAUCGAGCCUGAUCUGGGAGAUCUGCGAAAGUCGACUGACAAAGCCCUGCCGGGACUACCGAAAACACCAAAGAGGGUGCUGAAGAAAUACCGGUUCUCUGCAGUAUUAUCCAUGGCACUAGCAAUUGCGAGUUUCGUCUUGACCCUGACAUUGGUUCUGGCAGGGGAUGACGCACAUACCUUUGACGGGCAAUAUUUGGCAGCAGUAAGUUAUUACCGGCAACGUCACGAGAGCGGAGUCCCAGUAUACCAAGAUGUGACAGUUUUCGAGUCGUCUUCAACCACGGACACGACGGAAACGGGAAACGCUUUCCAUCUCUACUUGCAUCAAGUCUGCUAUGAUUCUCCCACCUAUGGUAGCGAAGUCGCUUCCGAUGUCUUUGAGAGAAUAUGUAAGAGCUAUGCGACAGUAGCUGCAGCAGUGUCAGCUUCUUCACGCAACACGUCAACCGCAAACUCCGAAUCUAUGAGUUUAGGCAGUAGAUUACUUAUCAUGGUCUCGACCACUUUGGCUGGCGUGCGAAUAACUGUUUUUGUAUCCCUCAUUGUCUCGCUUGUGGGGUCCCUUUUGUCAACGAUAUUGGCGAUUCCAGGGAUCAUCUAUCCACACUCUCGGAUCCUAGCCUAUAUAAAUAUCAUGUGGCCACUCCUCGCAAGCACCUUU